ACAGAGAGAGAGAGAGAGCUCGUCCACCUGUCCUCCGACUCUCCAGCAGCGCACCCUCCCCUCGCCGAGAAAAGAGCGAAAAAGGAAAGGCAACGAGAGCGAGAGACAAACAUCGGCGAUCCCGAGCUGCUGCUUCGCUGUGAAUCGCGCCACGGCUCGGGCCGCAUCUUUGCCAUUCCUCGGGUGCCGUCUCGUCCAACAUUCGCCCUGCCCUCCCCGGUGUCCCUUUCCCCGCAGCCCGAAGAUCACAGAGAGAGAGAGAGAGAGAUCGAGAGAAGCUCCUUCUAUUUCCAUUUCCGGUCGAGCUCUCUCGAUCCGUGCCAUCGGAGGACGAACUUCUCCAUCGCCGCGGCGAUUGACGCGUCCUCGAUUCCUUUCUCUCUUCAUCCCGCCCUCCUCCUCCUUUUGGACCUCCAGGUAACGCGGCGGUGUGAGGCUCUGCUUUCGAUUCGUUCCGUUUCGGCGCUUUAGAUCUCUGCUUUCGAGGACGCGGCUGCGGUGCGGAUUGCGGCUGACGUCGGGAGCUUCUUUCGAUUCCGGCGCGCGUUUUUGUAGAUCGGAAAGGAGGCGGAGCGCGUCCGGAAACUCUGCGCGGAGCGUGUUCCUGAGGACGCAUUCGGUUGCCGAGUGCGCGGCGGGCGGCGCGCGUAAGAGAGGGGGGAGGAAAGACAAAGGUAGGAGGAGGAGAUCGAAUGCGGUGGACAUAAUGCAGGAUAGAAUGUAUGCCAACGCGUUGCCUCCUCAUGUUUCCGAUUCUGAUCGGCGGAUCAUCGACGGCGGGCCGUCGUUACGUGUGUAUCAAACUUGGAAUGGAAGCAAUAGAUUUUGCUGUGGAGGCAGACUUAUAUUUGGCCCAGAUGCAAGGUCACUAUUCCUGACGGUGCUCUUAAUUGUGACUCCAGUUAUUCUGUUUUGCACCUUUGUCUCGCAAAGGCUCUUUCACGAGUUCGAUGACCACAUAGGCUAUUUAAUCGUGGCUAUAAGUGCCAUCUUCACACUAUACAUUGUCAUCCUCCUUUUCCUCACAUCAGGAAGAGAUCCGGGCAUUAUUCCUCGUAAUCUACACCCUCCAGAUCCAGAGGAUGAAGCUGAUGGCUCCAAUCUAUCUGCAGAUUGGCCUGUAAGUAGGAUCGGUGGUCCUAAUCUGCCACCCACAAAAGAUGUUACUGUCAGGGGAAUGGUAGUCAAAGUCAAAUACUGUCAAACAUGCAUGCUAUAUCGUCCACCAAGAUGCUCUCACUGCUCAAUAUGUAAUAACUGUGUUGAACGGUUUGAUCACCACUGUCCGUGGGUGGGACAAUGCAUUGGGAAGAGGAACUACAGAUUCUUUUUUAUGUUCAUUUCUUCGACAACAAUGCUCUGCCUGUAUGUCUUUGCUUUCUGCUGGGUGAACAUCAGCAAGAUAAUGGAUGAAUAUCAGUGUGAUCUUUGGAGAGCUCUUGUUAAGUCUCCUACGUCAGGAGUUCUCAUAAUCUACACAUUCAUAGCUGCAUGGUUCGUUGGAGGCCUCACCGGAUUUCAUCUUUAUUUGAUCAUAACCAAUCAGACAACUUAUGAGAAUUUCCGAUAUCGAUAUGAUUGCAAGAUGAAUCCUUAUAACCGGGGUUGCGCAGGCAAUCUUUGGGAGAUAUUUUUCUCCAAAAUACCUCCUUCCAAAAAUAAUUUCAGGGCAAAGGUUAAGGGGGAGGCAUCUUCUGUUUACAAUUCGGUUUCGGCAGGGCCAACCAUGAGUCCGGAGAUGCCCAAAACAAGCUUUGAUGUGGAGAUGGGGAAAAGGCAAGCGGUUGCUGCUGAGGAUUUGGAAGAUAUACAGAGCCAGAUUGAUAGUGUCGGUGGACUUGAGAGAUGCGGAACUCUACCCCCUCAUACAAAGUGGGAUCAAAAGAACAAUUGGGAGAUCACACCUGACAUGAGGAUGUUAGCUGCUGAGUUUGGAAUGCAAUAUGGUCCGAGCCCAACUGAAAGAGAGAAAAUUCAUGGUGACCAAUAGCUUUUCUAGUCGAACUCCUGAUUUUAGGAAUAGGGUUUGUUAUUAUCUUGUACCAGUACAGAUUUCUGCUUAAUUAGAAAUUAUAUUCAACAAAUUGGCAAACUUUAAGUGAGAUUUGGUAAUGGAUCCUUACCACUUGAAAAUUUGUCUGAGAGUGAUCUGUCUUAAGCCAAGGGGUUAAAUGCUCAUCGAACUCCAUGAACUCAUUGUACCAUAGUGCUUUAGCUUUUUAAGAUUUUUUUAGAUGUCUCUGCUUGCAAUCUGUUGGACAAUCUUGGCACCUUCAAGUUUUUAAUCCUAAGUCCUUUCUUAGUAA